UUUCAGCCUCUGGUCGUGACGAUGGUGGAUUAUAGCGUGUGGGACCACAUCGAGGUGUCCGAUGAUGAGGACGAUACUCACCCCAACAUCGAUACGGCGAGUCUUUUCCGAUGGAGGCACCAGGCUCGGAUCGAGCGGAUGGAAGAGGCACAGAAAGAGCGUGAGGAGUAUGAGAAGGGGAGCGGUGAUGUUAAGCGUAAGCUCAGUGAAUGUCAAAAGAAGCUCAAAGAAUUGGCAUUGGCAGAAACGGACGAUGCAAAGAUAGAGAUUGAAAAAUUACAGGAUGAGCUAAAACAGCUGAAAAAAGAGGAGAAGGAAUGGGAUAAGAAAGGAGCAUUGCUGAAGAAGAAGGAAAAGUCUAUGCCAUGGAAUGUGGACACACUAAGCAAAGAAGGAUUCAGUAAGAGUGUUUUUAAUGUGAAACCGGAAUCGACCCAGGUUGAAACAGAGGAAGAUAAAGAAAAGAAACACAAGACCUUUGUGGAAAAGUACGAGAAACAGAUCAAACACUUUGGCAUGCUUAACCGCUGGGACGACAGUCAGAAAUACCUGUCCGACAAUCCCCACCUCGUAUGUGAAGAGACAGCCAAUUAUCUGGUCAUCUGGUGCAUAGAUUUAGAAGUCGAAGAGAAACAUGCACUAAUGGGACAGGUAGCCCACCAAACCAUAGUAAUGCAGUUUAUCCUGGAGCUUGCCAAGAGCCUUAAGGUGGAUCCAAGAGCCUGUUUUCGACAGUUCUUCACCAAAAUCAAGACAGCAGAUAAACAGUACGUGGAGGCAUUUAACGAUGAACUUGAAGCCUUUAAGGAGCGGGUCAAAGGUCGUGCCCAAGCAAGGAUAGAAAAGGCAAUGAAGGAAUAUGAAGAGGAAGAACGCCAGAAGCGUAUGGGACCUGGUGGGCUUGACCCUGUGGAUGUGUAUGAAAGUCUUCCACUGGAGAUGAAGAAUUGUUUCGAUGCAAAAGAUAUUCAACUGUUACAGGAUGUUAUCAGCAAAAUGGAUCCAACAGAAGCUAAGUACCACAUGCAGCGCUGCAUUGACUCGGGACUCUGGAUUCCAAAUGCAAAGGCUGCUGAGGAGGAAGGAGAGAAGAAAACAGGGGAAGAUGAUCCUGUACAUGAAGAAGUUAAAAAGGAAUCCACUGAAGAAAAAUAAAGCUAUUUUUGUUUGUGUAAUUGCUAGCUUUAAAUGCUGUGCCUAGAAACAGACUGCAUCCUGGUUAGGGUUGACAUAAACUUGAAUAUAUUGGUCUAUUCAAUGAAAACUGAAAGUCUGACACAAACCAAAUGCUUUUCUGUAUUUUAAUAAAUACACAAGUUUUUGACAGCUUACAGACUGCUUCACUAUUUGCAGUAACUCACUGGAUCCACUGGUAACUACAAAAGAAACAGGUGUCUGAGUGAGAGACUGCUUUCCAAUUACUUCAUGACCAUUGCAUAUGGCAUUGAAACACACAGACAAGGGAAGUACCUGUUUCUGCUCCUAAACUGUGCUGAGUUAUCAAAUGAGGGUUUGCGUGGUUGCCGUGAAGGUUCGGCUCACUGGAGAGAGAACAGUUACUGCCUAUGAAACUAUACCUCACAUAAGUAUAAUGUUGAGGGGGAAAUAAUAGAAUUUAAAUUCUGCAAGUGGGCUUUCUAGCUAAUGUCUCUUAAUUGAGGUAAUACUUGGAAAGAAAUAGAAAAUCCUGAAGGUUAUUGAUACAAAAUUUGAUGGGAAUGAAAUAACAAAAUUUUUGUGGUCCAAAAAACAAUGUGGAAUCCAUGCUCACAAACUUAAAUAUAGUUUGUCUCGUGAUCUGGGUACAUUGUCAGGAGUUGGGACAGAGAAACAGAAUUAUCAAUACUUCAUAGGCUCUAGGAUUUUGAGUGCUAGUACACCAACAUUUCAUUUUUCUGGUUAGAUGAGGGAUUUACAUGACACGGUUUUGAUAAGUGCUUUUAUCUUGGUAUUAAAACAUCAUAGUAUUGUCUGUACUAGAUUUGACUACUUUUAUGUUCUGUACAUAUAUUUUAAUGAAACUGCACACUGAUCGCAUUCUGGCUCAGAAUAACUGUUCAUUGAGGGCCAAUGUUGCUGUUGAUACUGCUUGUUACUGUGGCCUGUUUGAUCUGAAGCAGUUGCUGUUUUCAGUAAGGUAGUUAUUGUGUCCAUUUAUUUCCUGUUACUGGCCAUCAUGUAUGCAAAUAAAGAUGCAGUAUAUUGCCUCUUGAGUGGCCUGCUCACUAAACUUUUGUAGU